AUGGAAAGGUUUUUGCAGCGCGUGUCGCAAGUAUGGCGUCCUGCGAUGGAGCUGAACAAGGACAAGGGCCCUGCCCUGUGGACCGGAAAAAUCGGUAAUAUUGACUUGGCUUUCCAUCCCAAGCUGUUCCGCAUUCAGGGUAUUGUACUGGGCGUCGUGGUCGUGUACAUCGUCUUUGCCACGCUGGGCCACUUGCUGAACAAGCAGCGCAUGGCUGCAUGGAGUAAGGUGUAUGGAGAGUAUCUGCGUAAGGAGUUUGCGCAGGUCGGCAUUGAUGCAACGUCUGCGGAGCCUAAGCUCAUGUGGAACGGAUCGGAUGAGGCGUGCCUUUUCGCAACAGGCCGCCGAGGCGUGGAUACGCUGCAUGCCACGGUAUCACUGCGCCCAUGGCAAGAUCCGCUCCGCAUUCUCGUAUCUAUGCUGUAUGAUAUGCUCAUGCUACCUGCGCGGCCCUGGCUCGCUUCGGACAAUGUCACACUGACCUUUACGUUGCCCAAAGCGCCGCGUGUGAAUGGUGGUGUGUUUGCCUUGAUUAGCAAGUACAAGCUGCGCGAAGUGCGUUACGACCGCUACGAUAUGCUGUUUGCGCGAGUUGCUGACGCUGCGAAUGCUAGUGCGUCGCGUGAUUUGGACGAACGGUUCGCGAUUGCCUCCGAGUCAGGCAACAUUACUGACCGGUGGCUCGGCGAAGUGGGCCAACGUGGUGACGACCAGCGUCGUGCUCUUGGCAUUACAGAGGCGCUCAAUGGCCCUGCAGGCCUCUUCUUGGAAAGUUUAGUGUUCACGGACCAGCCACAUGUGCGCCCGUUGUACCCACACUUGGAUCAGGAGCGCGUCGAGCGUUUGGAGCUGACAAUGCGUCUGCCACGUACGCAGAGGCAGGCGGAGACGUCGUUGGAGCUGCUCAAGCUAGCCCUCGACUUGGUCGAUGCGCUGUACCUUACGUCGUCCGGCCGCUCGACGAUUCUUGCGCUGCGUCCAGAGACCCACACGGCCCUCAAGAAGACGCGCGCGGAUGCCCAGGCCGCGCUGGAAGAGGUGCUUACGCGUGACCGCAAGGCCGAGUUGGAGGAGGCAGCGGAGGAAGAGCGUCUUCGGCUGCAAAAGGAAAAGUUUGAGAAGCUGACGCCUGCUGAGCAGGCGAAGCGCAAGGAAGUGGCCAAGCGACGAAACCAACGCAAGGCGCAAAUGACGCAGAUGAAGCGGUCGCGUAUGUAA